AUGACAACAACCCACCCUCCAACAAUGAAAGCCUGGCUAUACAGCAGCACAACGGGCGGCCUAGAAACCAACCUCACCAUGACCUCAUCCGCCCGCACCCCAGGGCCCCUCCAACAAAACCAACUCCUCAUCCAAGUGAUCUCUGCAUCGCUCAACCCCGCUGACUACAAACUGCCCGAGCUAAUGGGCAUCGCCGCGAAGGCUAUCAUCGGGUUGCCCGCGUCCCCGGGGAUGGACUUUUGCGGACGGGUCGUGACCACCGGGUCCGGCGUUACCGAGUACACACCGGGCGCGGUGGUGUAUGGGUCGCUGGCUGGGGCGGUGCAGUUUGGGAGCUUAGGCGAGUACAUCGUUGCGAAUGUUGAUAAGGUCGCGGCGUUGCCGGAGGGCGUGGAGGUCGACCAUGCGGCGACGGUGGGAGUAACGGGGCAGACGGCGUAUCAGUCGCUGGCUGGGUAUGUGGUGCCGGGCGAUAAGGUGUUUAUUAAUGGUGGUUCUGGGGGAUGUGGGAUCUACGGUAUCCAGAUCGCAAAGGCGAUGGGGUGUUAUGUGACGACGACGUGUUCUGGGCGGAAUGUCGCGCUGUGCAAGGAGCUGGGCGCGGACGAGGUAAUUGAUUACACGGCGCAGGAUGUUGUUGGUGUGUUGAAGGGUGGGGGGAGGGUGUAUAGCCAUGUUGUUGAUAAUGUGGGCGUGCCUGAGAAUCUGUAUAGGGAGUGUGAUUCGUUUUUGAUGCCGGGGAAGGUGUUUGUGCAGAUUGGGGUUGUUUCGUUGGGGACGGCGGUGGAGAGGUUUGUGAGGCCUGGUUUUCUGGGUGGUGGGAAGAGGAAGUAUGAUUAUGUGGUUUGUAAGAAUGAGAGGGAGCAUCUGGUGAAGAUUGGAGAGUGGAUUCGCGAGGGCAAAAUCAAGGUGGUGGUGGAUAGUGCGUGGGCGUUUGAGGAUGCGGUUAAAGGGUAUGAGAAGGUGAGGUCGGGGAGGGCGAGGGGAAAGGUUGUUGUCCAUGUUACUGAAGCUUGA